CUCUGGAGCCAAUUGAGGUCAUCACAGCUUCACGUUGACCUUGCCAGCAAUGCCUCAUUGUGCUCAACCACAUCAAAAUGGAGACACUCCCUCAGGACUUAAUUGAUGACAUUGUCUCUUAUUUACUGCCGCAGCAGCAAGUCAAAGCUAUACAACCUUAUGACGUGCGGGUGAGACCAAUCUCGCCCGUGGCCCGGUUAGCCACAGCCUCUCGUCGGCUACAAGCUGCCGUGGAAAGGGCAACAUUCAGAUCUCUCAAAAUUACCAGCGAUGAGUUUCCAAAGUUUAUCGAGCUCCUCACUCCGGCAAGGAGAUAUCACUUGGCUAGCUUGAUCGUUACCAUCACUCUUCCGCCUUACGACGAGGCUGCAUCCCACAGAGCGGAAUCGCCCGAAGAACGGCUUAUCAAUGAUAGCUGCUACAGCAAUGGCAUAAAAUCAUUGUUCGAUAUUCUUCGUGGGUGGGAAGAUGAAGAUCCGGAAACAAUAGGCUAUCGCCUCGCAUUAUUCAUAAACCACCCCGAAUCACCUUCCGAUACGCCAUGGCCGACGAAGUACGUUCCAUGGGGUGAGAUGUAUUCUGAGGAGGACGGAAUUUACGAGGGCCGGUUCUUGCAUUCAUUCAUCGAACUACAAGAAAUUCAACUACUCCCAAACCUCGAGAGAGUGAAGCAUUUCGUAAUGAUGCAACAAGAAGAGAGGUAUGGACACCGUAACACCUACCCAAAGGUGCCUAUUAUCCUCGCCUCAAAGAUGCCGAAUUUGGAACGCUUCAAGCUUUUUAUGAACGACGACGAGAAGAGAUUUGAAGAACUUCGGAUUCUCAACCGAAACGAAGCGGCACAGGCUAUCCGAGAGCUGUCGUUACCAUCACUGAGGAAAGCCGAAUUCGACUUCUUUCAGAGGAGAUAUCGAAACGAGAGGGCCAUGCCCCCAGCGUUGCAUGAGCCCGGUGUCCCAGACCCGCUGAGCUCUGCCAUCUACGCAUUCUCACAAAAUCUGGUAGACCUGAGUGUCACCGGAGCCUUUGACGACUCACUUCUCCGGCCUAUACAAGGCCUGAGUGAGACCUCAUGGCCGAAUCUCAGAUUUCUCGACGUGAACAUGCAUGCCACUUCCCCUUCAGGAAUUUGGUACUUCAAAAAAGCAGACGGUAGCCCUGACCACCGGCCAUACACCCAUAGCUCCAGCACAAACAACGCCCAUUCGGAUCUGCACAGCGAAGAGUUUAGCUUUGUAGAGGAGGCCGCCUACGCGCGCAUGACCCCGGUGGAGGUUUUCCGUUGCAAGCCCGACGAUGCCCAUAUCACGCCCUUCAUUGAAGCGUACGCAGACGCGCUGAAGGUGAUGCCCAAGCUCGCAUCAGCGGCGUUGAACUUCCAGCUCGAGUAUGAGACCGAGGAAGACGAACCUAGCUGGAUGUGUAUUGCGUACUUUGCACCCUGUCGCACGGCAUCAAAGCAUCCGCCAAAACUACUGUGUCCGAACUGCAACCGAGGUGUGACACGUCAGCUAGUGAAGUUGUACCUUGGCUGGGAGCCGAGUGAGGCCCUGGCGGCCAAGCUGCUUGCGAUUGGGGACGAGGCCCAUGAGGUGCCAAUGGUGGAAAAGACUAUGGCUCAAUUUAUGGAUCAGCAUGAGUGGGCUAAUGACGACGACUCGUGAAAACGGGGAGGAAGUCCAUCCGUAAGUCGCAAGCGAAGCGAUUUGACGUCUUGGAUAAUACAUCACAUCUACAUGUACACAUAAUACCUCACAUGGAAUUUGAGGUGUAUAGCUGAACCCGAGAGUCUUGAUCAUGGACAAAGGAAUACGCCAUAUCAGUAUCUAGUGGAAUCUAAGCCGCGAUUGAUGUAUAGAAGACGGAUGUCAUCGAUAGAUACGCGCCUCAAUCGGUUUGAUCAGCUGCAAAGAAUGGUUCCAACCCGCAGGCUUGCUAUUUCUGACAGUAACCCGUGACCGAGCAAUUACCUACAGAGCGAUUGGACUUUUUGCUACCUUCGAAGUUAGUUGUCUCUUGACAACAUAAUCAUGUCGAGAGGUGAAACACGUGCUACAGUAGACAUGGUGAGUGGGGGCUCAGUGACG